GUCCGCGCUUGCGCAGUGGGUCCUGCGCCGACAAGUGUAUUAGAGCCGGGGCUCCGGCUGGGGGCGAGCAGACCUCGAGCAGCCGACGGAGCUGCCGGGUGUCUUGUGGGUGCUACGGUCUCCGCCGCCUAGCUCGCAGGGGCGAGGGCCUUACUGGGAGGGGACGGCUCUCUUCACUCGAGCAGCUGAGAUGUCGUCUUCGGCGGCGAUUUACCUGCUGUCCACCCUGGGAGGCUAUGUGGUGACCUCGUUCUUGCUGCUCAAGUACCCGACCCUGCUGCACCAGAGGAAGAAGCAGCGAUUCCUCAGUAAACACAUCUCUCACCGCGGAGGUGCUGGAGAGAACUUGGAGAACACGAUGGCAGCCUUUCGGCACGCAGUUAAUAUGGGAACUGAUAUGCUGGAACUGGACUGCCAUAUCACAAAAGAUGAACAAGUGGUCGUAUCCCACGAUGGGAAUCUGAAGAGGUCAACUGGAAUAAAUGUGAACAUCUCUGACCUGAAGUACUGUGAACUCCCACCUUACCUUGGCAAAUUGGAGGUAACAUUUCAAAAAGGAAGCCAAAGUGAGGGAGAAGACAAGCGCAUUCCAUUACUGAAGGAAGUUUUUGAGGCCUUUCCUCACACUCCAGUGAACAUUGAUAUCAAAGUCAAUAACAAUCUGCUGAUUAAGAAGGUUUCAGAGUUGAUAACUCAGUACAAACGAGAACACUUGACAGUGUGGGGCAAUGCCAAAUAUGAAAUAGUAGAAAAGUGUCACAAAGAGAAUUCAGAUAUCCCCAUUCUCUUCAGUCUACAACGUGUUCUGCUCAUUCUUGGCCUAUUCUACACUGGCCUCUUGCCCUUUGUGCCCAUCUGUGAGCAGUUUUUUGAAAUUCCAAUGCCUUCUAUAAUAUUGAAACUGAAGGAACCACAUAGCAUAUCAAGAAGUCAAAAAUUUCUCAUCUGGUUGGCUGACAGGUUACUAAUGAGGAAAGCCUUAUUUGACCACCUCACUGCCCGAGGCAUUCAGGUAUAUGUUUGGGUACUAAAUGAAGAACAUGAAUACAAAAAAGCCUUUGAUUUGGGAGCAACUGGGGUGAUGACAGACUAUCCAACAAAGCUUAAGGAAUUUUUACAUAAUUAUGCAUAAGUCAGCAUAAAAAAAAGCAUUCGAAGAAGACUGAGGAAUAUUCUUUUUUCAUCAUCACAUAAAUAAGCCGUUUCCAGAAUGGUAUAAGAUGUAAUCAUUUGAGUUUCAUUACCUCAUUUUUAAACCUGGUUCACAAUGUAGAAACUAUAAUGUAUAUUUAUUUUGAAGUAUAUUCCAGAUUUUACGUUUGUACAUGAUUUGUUUAGAAAGCUAACAGUGAUUGGGAUAGGGCAGGAAGAUGAUGAAUAGUAGGUGAAGAUUUCUGUGUUACAGCUAUUGCAAGCAGUUUGCAAAUCAAAGACUAACACUAACAGACUAGGUAAAAUCCAGGACUUUGAAGGAUCUUGAUAUUCACCCGGCUGAGAUCAGUUAAUCAGUAGAACUAAAUUAUUGAAAAACUGCAGCCAUUCUUAAAUUUGGUCUUUAUUUCUGCACAUAUUGCUAGUCUGCACAGUGAAAAAGAAGCCAGUAGAAGAAGCAGUUAAAAAAAAAUGAUGUAGUUAUCUGACAAGACACACACUGUGAUCAGUAGUGAGUCUUAUAGAAAUAAUUGAAAAUAUCACCACUUGACCAGAAAGAAAAUCGGUAGACUGAAUUAAUUUUUCUUUGGCUAUUGUUAUGUGCUUUUGUUAAUAAGAAUGUUAGACUAAUCUUUGAAGUCUUUUGGGGUGCUUGAGAGCGCGCAUGCGUGUGUGUGUGUGUGUGUGUGUGUGUGUGUGUGUACAUACAUGUAUGUAUGUGUACAUAACGUACGCUCAACUCUAUGGCUAACUUCGUUUUCAUCGUAAACAUUGCAAAGUAAACUUGUAGGUUAUUAUUGAGACUAGAGCCUCUCAAGAGGGAACAUUACAGUUUGUGACAAGGCCUACUUGUAUUUCGCGGGCCUAUUUCUGGAUGUACAAAACCACUUUGACUCUGGCCUCUUCAUUGUGGUAAAGAAAGGGAUUUCAUUGUUUCCAUAAUUUUGGAUAACCCCACCUAAUCUGUAGCCACCGUUUUGCUAACCAAGUAGUCCCUUUUGAAUGUUAGCUGGAAAUAAGAUUUCCCAAUGUUCUAAGACCUCCUCUCUCAACCUUUCUUCUAUAACUCCAUGUAAAUCUAUUUCUAAUCCUUUUGGGUAUUUGCCGUCAGUGGGGCCUCUGGUCAGCAGCAGACCACGUUCUAUGGUAGGGCAGGUGAGAUCUCAGACUCUUGUCAUUUGUAAACCAUUUUCUCAUAAGGGAUAAUCAUUCUUUCCCAUGAGCGUAAAAAUAGCAUUUUUUUAAAAAAAAAAAAACAGAAAUAAAGUUUUCCAAGGACAU